AUGUCGAGAAAGCGCGUCGAGGCUAUCUGUGCAGAAGACCAUACUCAAUCAAAGUUGAAGAAGCCUUCUAGUGCAGAGGCAGCACCUGAAACUCUUACAGGAGGCAAAUUGAAAGCGAAGCAAAAGUCCAAAGCAUCCAAAUUGCACGACAAAUCGGACGCCCAUCUCAGACACCUGGAGUCGCUACAUGAUAAGACUCAUGUUCGCCAGAAUCUGAAGCUACCUGCUCAUCAGCGCAUCACACUUGGCGACGAGGGAAGCUCCAGCAAAAGCAAGAAGUCUAAGGAACAAUCUACUGGCGACGACAUAGAUCCUGGCGACUCUGAUGAUUCUGACCUUCCCGACCCUCUACAGUUGCUCGGCGCUUUCAGCUCGUCUGAGCGACAGAAGGAUUUUGGCUCAGAUGGCUCAGAAACGAACUACUCGAAUUCUGAAAUCGAUGCUCUAAUCCGUGCUGCUCCCUCAGGUGACCUUUCUGGCAGCCGCAAGGAAUCCAAAGCUCCACAAGUCCUAGAUUCACAACCUAGUCGCAGUCCUGCUCCUGACGUGUCGUGGCUGACAACGCCGUCGCCUCCAAGCAAGCGCAAACCUGAAUCCUGUGGUCCCUUGCCCAAGCGCGUCAAAAGGGAGCACGAACUACUCAGUCCAGCGCUCUGCGCUGCGUCUUCUCAUCCAUCUCAACGACAGCAACCGCUAUUCUCCGCGACGCUAUCCGAUGACGAAGAGGUACAGUAUGUAGACGAGGCGGGAUGGGAUGUCACUGAACCAGCUUUCAUCGACCACGCGGAAGACUUUGUCCUUGACAGCACUCUCUUCGAUAUCACGCACAACCCAGCGGACGAAUAUCUCUUCCCUGGCUCUUCGUUCACCGUUAGCCAAGAUCACAGUACUGCCCUUGGGAGCAAGCUGCCUACGGGUGACUGUUUGACUCCUAGACAUUCUGACACAGCCGGCCACGGGAGUUCCACAGCCGCAAAACCCAACAUCGCAUGGGAAGAUGAAAGUGAGGACGAUGGUGACAACAAAGACGACCUCGCAGAACUGGAGGCAUGGCUGCAGAGUGACGCUGUAGAAAUUAUAGGAUGA